AUGUCGUUGAAUCAACUAAGUCCAAUUGCUCAAGCGGAACUUGAGACCGGAACCACUACUCGGCCACCAAAGUUGAAAGGGGCUGAAGACUUUAGCACUUGGAAGACUCGCAUUCAGUCGUUCUUCGAGUACACAGACUACAAUCUGUGGCUCUCUGUCACCGCUGGACCCCACAUUCCAACGGUUGUUCGAGGAGAUGCGGUAGUUGCCAACAAUGAUGCAACUACCUUUACUGAUGAAGACAAGGCUCUAAUCCAACGUGAUCGUCGUGCUCAUGCUGCCUUAACCAUGGCACUAUCAACUGAUGACUGUAACAUGUUUGAAGAACACCAAACUGCAAAUGCACUAUGGAAUGCAUUGAUUGAGUAUUAUGAAGGAAAUAAAGAGUUGAUCGAAAGCAAGAGAGAUAUGGUGCAGAAACAAUAUGACAUGUUUUGUGGAGUUCGUGGAGAAAGUCUUUCCGAUCACAUCAGUCGCUUUCUGAAUAUGAUGACCAAAAUGAAGAAGGCGGGAAAUCCUGUCACAAACCGUGCUGCAAUAAAGAAGCUGUUAGAUUCACUUCCCAAGGAAUGGAGCCUACAAUGCAUGAUGAUCAAGAAGGACUUCCUCAACAAUCCAAAUCCUGUCACUCUGUCCGACUUGAUUAACACCCUAAGAGCCUUUGAAAUGGAUGUCAACAAAAGAGAGAUGAACACUGCUGGUUACCCACCAAAGUCAACUCAAACCUCUGCCGGAUUGAAAAACGUGGCAUUUCUUGCUUCAGGUGGCAUCAUUCCACAAGCUUCUGAUUUAAUCUAUGCAAACGCUUUCGCAAGCGCAUCGAAAGCUCCACAACCCAGUGAAAAGACCAUCACGGUUGGCGAUACACAAGCGUUGAAGGUGUCUACUGAAAACGUGGCACUUUUCAACAUGUUUCUAAGCAGCUAUGAAGCUUUGAUGUCUGGAGAACUGAAGAAGGAGAUGCUCACUGCCGAAGACAUGUGCUACAACUGCAAAAAUCUGGGCCAUUUCAAGCGUGAUUGUCCUCUGUUGAAAGAAGGAAACAGUGAAACCACUCCUGCUGUAAAGCAAAUCACAGUUGAAGAAAACAAGAGCAACGUGUCUCCUAGCACGCCAAAAGCUUUAGUCGUUGAAGACUAUGAUUGGAGUGAAGAAAUUGCUGAAACUAAGGAGCAAGUCAACAAAGCUCUUAUGGCAAAAAUCUCAAGCGAGUCCUCACUCAAGCAGUUUGAGAAACAGACAGCUGGAAUUCCAAAAGGAGAAAAUGUUGCUGACAAAGGUUUGAAAAGCAUUCUCACUUCAGUGGAGCCUGAGAAUGAAAAGAAGUGUGGAGAAGCAGAGGAGCAUGCUUCGAAAGAAGCAUCUGAUCAAAAGAAGGGUAAGGAAAAGGUCCCAACAGCCGCCAUGAAAGCAGAUUCAUCAAAAGAGAAGGCUGACAAGGACUUGGUAAACAUUGUUUGUGAAUCUCCUGUAUUUGUGCCAGAAUUGAAAAGGAAUAGUUUUGGAAAAUUCCUCACAGAGGAGAUUCCCGAAUUUAUUCCUUCUAGAACAGGUAUGACAGACUCAGAAAAGAGCAUCACUGAAGAUCAUGGCAAUGAAGACUCAAGCAUCACUGCCUCAGAAGAUGAGCAAAGAUCAGAAAGUUCAAGUGAAGAUCAAACAACAAGCAGUGAAAGUCUCGAAUCCUCAAGUGAAGAUCAACCCACCAAUGAUGAGAGCUUCGAAUGUUCAAGUUCUGAAACCAUUGAAGACCAAGACUCAGAAAGUUCAAACAAAGAUCAAAGCUACAAUGAGUCAAGUUAUGAAGCAAGUGAAGAGCAAAGCUCAAGCGAGGACAACACGUCUCAAAGUUCAUUCGAUUCAGACAGUGAUGAAGAAUACUCAGAAGAUGAAAGCAGAAAUAAACUCCAGAACUGGCUUCGUAUGCUCAUGGAGUACAUCUGGCACGUAGACAGCGGAUGUUCAAGACACAUGACUGGAUUUAAGGAACUUCUGAAGAACUUUCGCUUCAUCGAUGGUGAUUUCGUAUCUUUCGGUGGAGACGAGAAAGGAGGGAAGAUCGUUGGAGUAGGAGAUGUGGUGUCUGAAGCCCUCACGUUGGAAAAUGUCAACUAUGUUCCAGAGUUGUGCUACAAUCUCAUGAGUGUCUCACAAGUCUGUGACAAAGGAAUAUCGGUGCUUUUCAAUGACAUAGAAUGCUUGUUCCUCAAGCCCGGAUAUGUAGUUCCUGCAGAAAUGAUCAUGCUCACGGCUCCAAGACAAAACAACACAUACGUGCUCAACAUGAAAAAUGCCAAGACAAAUGACAACUUGACCUGCUUGAUAUCUAAGGCUUCAGAGUCGGAAUCACUGCUUUGGCAUAGGCGACUGGGGCAUGUUAAUUUCAAAAAUAUGAACAAACUCUCUAAGUUAAACUUAGUUAGAGGUCUUCUGAUUAAAGAAUUUCCAUUUUCUGAAAAAUAUGAUUUCUCUCGGUUUUCAUGGGUCUAUUUUCUUGAAGCAAAAAGCGAGACAGCUGAAGUUCUCAAAUUGUUCAUCCCGCUGAUUGAAAACGUGACCAAACUAAAAGUGAAGUCGAUCAGAAGUGACAAUGGGUCCGAGUUCAAAAAUCAAACCUUCAUAUCCUUCUGUGCAGAAAAGGGAAUACAUCUCCAAUACAGUGCAGCCAGAACUCCCCAACAAAAUGGAGUCGCUGAACGCAAGAAUAAAACGUUGAUCGAAGCUGCACGAACCAUGCUGGUGGAUUCAAAACUUCCAAUCAUCUUCUGGGCAGAAGCCGUAAAUACGACAUGCUACGUUCUGAACAAGGUAUUCAUUGUAAAACCACAUGGAAAGACUGCAUAUGAACUUCUUUUCAAAAGAAAUCCGCUAAUUGACUUCUUCAGACCAUUUGGUUGUUCGUGCACCCUUCUAAACACUCAGGAAAAUCUCAUCAAAUUUGAAGCAGUGGGUGAUAUCUGCUACUUCAUGGGGUAUUCAUCCACACAGAAGGCCUACCGUGUUUACAACAAAAGAACAAAGAUGGUGAUUGAAUCUUACUAUGUUGAUUUUCAAGAAGGAAACUACACCGACACCGGAAGUACUCCUGAUUGGUUCUAUGAUGUGGGUGUGAUUUUUAACACCUUUGAAAUUCCGGAAGUGGUCCCAGAAACAGAACCUGUUGAAGACACUCAUGUUGAACCACUGUUUGACUCAUCAGACAUUGGUUUAACUCUGUUUACCACCCGUCUAUCUCCAUCAACCGCUGAUCCUAUUCUGGCUGUGAAUGAAGCAACUGGUGACACUUCUCCUGAGAACACCCAAGAAAACGGUGCUUCUUCUUCACAGGCGAAUGUGGAUGAACCAACUCAAGAAGAUGAUCCACCAGUGAUUUACGUGGAUGAACACUUCACCAACCUUCUGCAGCAGAUUGAGUCUCUGACAAAUGCCGGAUACAAGACAAAUCGAAAUCAUCCUUUUGAAAACGUCAUAGGCGCAAUCGAAGAAGGAGUUCGUACACGCGGGCAGUCGUCAAGCAUCAACAAAGGUCUCUUUGCAGCUUUUCUUUCGUAG